CACUAGCUGCAAAAACAAAUGCAGAAACGUAAAAGAGAGACUUGGAAUCACAGAAACGCUAUCAAUCAAAAUUUCCAUAAUAUACAUAUAUUUCCUGCUACUGAAAUCUGUAACAAAAAUAUAAUAUUCCUAGUGAGAGUAAAUUUAAUCCCAAAGUAUAAUAGUAUAUUGGAAUUUAACUAUUGUGUAAAAUGAGUACGAGUGGUGAUUCGCAACCUUACCUAAACGAUUUCAUGAUGCGAGACGAUGAGGAUGGUGUGUCGGGAGAUGAUGAAUCGGACAAUAAGCAUAGUGGCGGUAACUAUAUGCUGCGGGAACAAGAUCGUUUUCUGCCCAUAUGUAAUAUCAUCAAAAUUAUGAAGGUACCAGUACCGGAGAAUGGUAAAAUUGCUAAAGAUGCGCGUGAAUGCAUACAGGAGUGCGUUUCAGAAUUUAUAUCCUUCAUUACAUCCGAAGCCAUUGAACGGAGUAUAGCGGAAAAUCGUAAAACUGUUAAUGGUGAUGAUUUAUUAUACGCUUUUGCCAAUUUGGGUUUCGACAAUUACGUAGAACCGCUGUCUAUGUAUCUGCAUAAAUUUCGCGAGUCAACCAAGUCGGAUCGGAAUUUAUAUAAUGAGUCUAAUAUGCUACAAGAUGAUUCUUCAACUGAAUUUCCAUUUAAUGUGGACAACAACAAUGCAACAAAAUCAAUUACAACAACAACGAAUGCUAUCAACCGCACCACAACACCAGUGGCAAACACUGUUAACACUUAUUCAGAUAUGAAAUUAUUCGAAAUAAUUGAAACAAAUUCACAGCAGCAACAACAAUCGCGUCAACAAAAUAGUUUACAACAAAUUAUGCCGGCACAUAGUAUGACCAUAACACCAACAUCAUCCACAACAUCCGUACCCAUUAACAUACUAAAUGCUAGUUGCAAUCAAACAAAUGCACCAUCAACUGUUCGUGCAAUUAAUAUCGAUAAUACAACAACAACAUUUGGUUCAGUACGUCGGUCGGCACGUCUACAAACACGUCCCCAUCAGUUACCUAUUGUAACAACUGUAGCGAAUGAAACACCUGGUGCUAUAAUGAAUGCUGAUCAAUUGGUAUUUUUUGACGCUGAUGAAUUACAUCAACAUGUUUUACAACAACAACAGCAGCAACAACAACAGCAAAAUAAUAAUUGCAAUAAUUAUAUGCAUAUGUAAAGCAGUCUGAUGCCUUCAAAAAACUUGGGUUGUGCAGUUUUUACGAAUUUAAUUGUGAAAUUUUUAAAUAAGUGUGAAUGUGGAAGAAUUUGUAACUCCUUAAAUUUUAUGUCAACCAUAAUAUACUUUUUUUAAAUCA